AUGGGGUUUCUUGCAACAACAGUUGCUCUUGUAGCAGCUCAGGGCGGCUUUAUCUAUGGCCUUGAUUCAGGCAUCAUCGCAACGACUUUCGGGCAUGACAGCUUCAAACUCGCCAUGUACGGACCAUCCAUGGUCAACACUACGUAUCAAGGAGCUAUUGUAUCUGUGUACAAUGCUGGACAAGCCAUUGGCGGCUUAACAACCGGAUACGUCGCCGAUAAGCUCAGUCGAAAAUACACAAUCCUGAUCGCGUCCAUCUUGACCAUUGUUGGCGCGGUCCUUCAGUGCGCUGCAGUCAACAUCGGCAUGAUGAUCGCGGGUCGUCUCGUAGCGGGCAUCGGCUGCGGACAGAUUCUUUCAGUUGUUCCCAUCUACCUAGCCGAGGUAUCGAAGCCUGACCAGCGUGGCUUUCUAGUCGGUCUACAAGGAAUGAUGAUUGCGAUUGGCUUCGGUGUCGCCAACUGGAUCGGAUACGCUGGUGCUUUUGCUAAAGGUGACGGACAGUGGAGAAUUCCUCUUGCUAUGCAGCUACCUAUUCCAGUGUUGCUUGUCGUCAUGAUCUUCUUCGUUCCCUUCUCUCCGCGCUGGCUGGUACUAAAGGAUAGGUAUGAUGAGGCUGGGCAGGUCCUUGCUCGCCUACAUGAGAAUGACCAUGACGAGACCUUCGUUGAGCAGGAGCUUUUACAGAUCCGGACACAAAUUCAACUUGAGAGGGAUCAAGGUAACCUCGACUGGUUCACAGCCCUUGGACUCAUGUUUUCCCGCAAAUAUGUUCGCCGGACCUUGACGGCUUCGUUCAUCGUGUCUAUGAGCCAGCUCUCGGGUUCAUCCGUCAUCCAGAACUUUCAAGGCGUCUUCUACCAAACGGUCGGCUUUACAGGACGUACUGCCCUCUUAAUCAGCGGUGUCUAUGGUAUGAUGGGUAUCAUCGGUCAGAUCAUCUACCUCGUCUUCGUCGCCGACAAAAUGCCUCGCACUCGUACUCUCUGGUCUGGAUCUAUUGUGCUCUGCGUCAUGAUCGCUAUUUGCAUGGCUCUCAGCGCAGAAUUUGGAUCCUCACAUAACGACAACCAGGCGGGUGCAAGAGGUGCCAUCGCGUCUAUCUUCCUCUAUUCCAUGAGCUAUGCUAUCUUCUUCAACGCCAUGAUCUGGGUGGUUCCUUCAGAGCUCUUCCCCUUCUUCUUGAGGACUAAGGGCAUGGCUCUCGCUGUGGCGACAAAGGCGAUAGUGGCAAUCAUUUUGUCUCAGAUAACACCAUUGGCUAUUGCUAAUGUCAGCUGGCGAUACUAUUCACUUUUCAUUGCAUCCAAUGCCGCUGCCGCCUUGUUCUACUUCUUCUUUCUCCCCGAAACUUCUGGUAAAAGCCUCGAAGAGAUCGCCGCUUUAUUUGGAGACGAUGUUGUUGUUUCAUCUUCCCAAGCUGAAGCGAAGGUUAGUCACACUGCCGAGGUCUAUCAGUUAGAACAUGGAGUCCACAGAAGAGAAGGUCAGUAA